AUGUUCUCUCCAUUUAUAGAUUAUUUAUCCAUUACUUCGAAAGACAUUGCUGCGUUUUGCAGUAAUCUAUGCAUAUGCGAGUUUCAUGCUUGGAUUUUUACCAUUAUCGAGCAAAGAAGCGAGUUAGCUAACAACGGAAUGGAAAGGAUGUUGAAAGAUCUGAAGGCAGACAUUGAGAUUAAGUUUAAUAUCACUGACAACGAAUUUGACAGCUUUGUGAGGAGAGCUGCUGUCGCCAUGACAACAGAAGACGAAAAGGAUUGGAAUUUCUGGAAUAGCCUCGACUUUGUUUUCACAGCCAUCACAACAAUAGGUAAAGUAACUGAGAUCAUUCAUCGAGGGAAAGGAUAACAGAAAUCUGUUCAGGGCUCUAGAAACGAAUAAGCAGUUUUAAUCUCCUCUAAAAGUGUAAUGUAAAGAACGGACAAGCACAUCAUUUUUACCCGAUUACGGUGGGACCGAAUUGAAGAGGGCGAGAGGGGUAGGGUGCUAGGGCCUCUUACGGAGAGGAUCGAUAACGUAAUGCUCCAAUGCACUAUCUAAAGUUCGUCUUACCUUCGAAGUUGAGCCCUAGGCCUUUCUACAUUACGUUUUCUGGGCUCAGUAAAUACAUAUGUAAAUGUUCGUUUGUUUGACAGGGUAUGGAAAAAUAACUCCUAAAACAAGUCUUGGCCAAGGAAUUACCAUCGCAAUCUGUCUUUUCAGAAUUCCUAUUAGCAUGUUUGCCUUCAAAACCGCUGGAGAACUGGUUGCUUCUUUGCUUCGGUACACGCUUAUCAAAACAGAAACUGUUUUGCUUAAGAGGUGAACCGAAACAUAUCAAGAAGAAAACGUUCCUUGCUGCGAGUUUAUUAGCAGUUGCCCUUCACAUAUUGUGUGCCGCGUCGGCCACUUACUCAGAGGGAUGGAGUUUUAUGACCAGCUUAUACGCCUGGUUUACUACCUUUACAACAAUUGGUUUUGGAGGCUAUGUUCCCUUUGAGGCACUUCAAAGAAAGCUGGAUCAAGGGGAAGUCUUUGCAGAUGGCGUAAUUGUCCCAGGCCUGGCCCUAACUUUGCCAUGGAUGGUUAGGUUUGGUGUCACCUCCUGCCUUUUGAACUGUAUUGUUGACUCUUUAGAUGACAUAAGGGACUUUCGUAAUCUUUAUUUUAGCUGUUCGUCAAGUUUAGUUACUAAUAUGAAAACACUACUUUGUGGAAGGAGCGAAAAUUAUAAUACGACAGAAGGUCGUUAUCAAUCGUUCUAUGAAAAUAAUCAGGUAGCUUCCCUGUAGCGCUCACAAUUGUAUGUCUAUCGCAACUCUUUCAAAUGCUGCUGAUGCUGAUCACACUUAAGUGCUCCUCUCGCUAAGAGUGGUCCUCUCGAUUUCCCGUCGGAAAAAAAUUUUUUUUUUUGCCAAUGAAAAGGGUUUAGGACACAUGUUUCAAAAAUAGUUUAGUUAUUCUCCAAUUCUCUUUUUUUGCGUCGCCACAAGCUAAAAAUGAUUUUUGGCCAGACCACCCCUGUGGACAGCGAUAGAAAGUGUAAAUGUCACAGAUUUUGUCCAGCACGCAGCGACUGCAAUAAUAUAGCUCACGGAAAUCUUGCUACAAGUUACAAGUUGUAUUCAGUUAGUUCACAGACAAAAUAUGGAAACUUCAGCCGAAACAUUUUUCGUACCAGCGUGAUCAGAGGAGACCUUUCUCUUCGACCUUGAUUUGCAUGUCAAAAAUUCCCUAAUUUGUACGAAAGAAUUCUCAAAAUGCAGGCGUUAAUCGGGCUGAAAAAAGCAUAUCAGUACAAAGUUUAUUUACUAAUGAGGUCGCGGAUUGCCUCGAACCCGCGGGAAUAUCUCUAGCUUCCACCCACUAACAUCUUAAAAACAACGCAAAUCCAUGUGUUUGCUCAAUCGCGCUCGCGUCGAAGAUCAUUUGCAUGAAUCUGAAAAUUGACUUAGAUCUCCUUUUGACCGUUCAAACUUCGUUCGUUUAUCUUCUACGUUGAGGAUCUUAGGUUUUCUUAAUAACUGAAUGAAGAAUAGAUGCCGAGUUGUCCCAAAACGGUGCGUAAACGUGAUCGGUCGCAACGCUUUGCGCUUGCGUGACUAACAAAGUAAACAAAGGUGAUCGGAAGGCGCCUUCUCGAUCGAUUCAUUUUUAGUAAGAGCAGUUACUUCGUUCUUGUCCAGAAACUGUUUUAUUUUAUUCAAAUAGAAAACCAGACUAAGUUAUUUUUGCGACUGGACGUAAUAGUCUCCAAUAUUGUUAUGGCGUUUCGUAUCAAUAUUGAUUCGCAUUAGGAAGAAGAAGCAACAAUUUAUUGUAACAAUUUCAAUAGUUUGAACGCAGUAGUUUGUUCGCAUCUAAUUCUUGCGUAUACUGUACGUCUCGCUAUAAUAAAUGCGGAAGAAUUGGAACGAAAUGUCUGUUUUUCUUUUCUUUACCUUAACUGAGGAAUGUUGUGUUGUGAUUGAAAAGAACAUCGAAAAGAAGCUUGCAAUUAGAAUUACUUACCAAUAUGAUACGAAUGAUGCUUAAAAGGAAAGUUUGGUAGGGGGUUCAGAUCUGCGAAGGGGGGUCCAUAUCCGCAAGCGGAUGUGCACCGGGGAUCCAAAUCCACGGGGGGUCCCAAUCCGCUGUGAUACAUGCAUCAGGGCUGAAAUAGCCGCAGCCAUUACAAUCUUUGCUUUCUAUGAAUCAAGUAAACAUUUUAGAAGUUAAAAUUCUCAUUAAAUUGUAAAAUUCUUCAGUCCAUCUUCAUAACUUUCGAUUCUAAUUUGUUACAUAAACUAAUUUUGGUUUCAAUAUGUAGAACCCGCGAAACAGGUCAUAAGACAUGGGGAAAAAUUUGCAAAAUCACGUCACGCAAUACAUCAAGCUGGGUUUGUCCGGUUGAUUUUGAUGGUCGCAGGAAAAUGUCGACUUUGUCGCUCAAAGCCGUUGUGGUCCAUAACAGCGUGACAUCAUUCAUGAUGGAAACAAAUUUGCGGAAAGGAGGGCUAGUUCAUCAGGUUCCGUGUUCUAAAUCUCGGGAGAAACUGCAAGAAUUUUGUCUUUAUAGACAACGAAAACUUAAGAUCCUCAACGUAGAAGACGAACGAAGUCUGAACGGUCAAAAGGAGAUCUUAGUCAAUUUCAGAAUGAUGCAAAUAUAUAUAUAUAUAUAUAUAUAUAUAUAUAUAUAUAUAUAUAUAUUUAUGUAUAUUUAUAUGAGAAAAACAUUAUAGACUUCCAAAGGCACCAUUUCAUAUACUUUGGUUGUAAACGUUUACUAUAUAUAUAUAGGGACGCAGUUAAGAUAAUUAAUCUUCCUGUUGAAAUAGUCAGCUCACUUCCAAAUAUUUCAUAUUUACAGACUUUUCGACAACAGAGCGCCACGAAGUCAGCUCAGUGUCAGGUGAAUGUCUAAGGGUUUUUACCAGAGCAAGUUAACCCCCUACUACUUUUGCGAGUUCGCCACCUGCACUAAAACAAGUUCUCUCGAAAAAUCUUCCGACUCGUUUCCUCACAGCAGAAUCAAUUCUAUUAAAAUCAUUAUUUAUUUCGAUCAACUUGAAAUUUCAUUGGAAAGCAGCUGAAAUUUCACUGCAAUCAGCCAGUUUGCAAGUUCGAUGAAACUGCAAACUGGCUGAUUGACUUGUGACAACUACUUUUCUUAGUAAAAAGAAACCUGGUGAAAGUUAAUAUCCUUUAGUAUCUGUGAAAGUUAAGCUGGAGGUUAAAUCAUUUUUUAUAGCUAGUUUGUUUGUUUUCGAGCCAGUUUGUUUACAACACUAUGGCUCCUAUUCACUCGGAGUGUUUUGUCUCCACGCCAGUCGGGGGCCUAAUUAAUCAUUGAUGAAAGAGUUAUUUAAAAUUAAAAGAGGGCAACGAUGUAAGCAUUGUAUAAAAAAGUAUUUAAAAAGUAAAAUAAAGUUACUCGAAUAUAACUACCUUAUACGAUUUAAGAAACUGUUUCUUGGUUUGAUCGUGAGCUACGACUAACACAAAUGGAAUCUUUUUUAAAUGACUGUUGAUUUCCGAAUUGUGAUUGGUUGAUUUUUUUCAACUGGGUCCGGUGACAAAAGUGACACUGCAAUAUAAAAGUUAUUUCUGGCCUUUUCUUCAGCUUUCAUGCGAAAGACGUUCUAUUGAAAAAACGAUCAUAAAAAAUAAUAACAAUAAAAGUUUUUUUUUUUUUUUUUUUUUAAUAGAAUAUCACCGGCAUUCUCCUCUUUAGGAGUACAAUACAUCGAGUUUGGCAGAUAACAACGACCUACCAGUCCGCAUAAAUUGAAAUACUAGGACCACAAUACUAUUGAUAAACAGAAUGUAAUUGUGGAUAUGCAAACUUCUUUUAGCAGGUGGACAAAAAUUCAUAUGUCAACUUUACAAUCAUUAUUCAAAACGUUGUCUACCUGGGUAAAAAUAGUCUUACUGUUAUGUAAAUUUAUAUAUUAAUUUGUCGCUUAUUUUGACGUUCUUGACAAGGGAAGUAUUGCAGUGUCUCUGUAACCGCAGGAUACUCAGUGGAUGAUAAGCCAUGAAUUAGGCAAUGUGGCAUAAUUACGGUAAGUUUAGAGCGCAAGAAAUUUUCUUUUUUGCCGUUUGGAAAACAGUAGAUAUUUUCUCUCAAACAAGAAGGCACCUUAAGGAAGCAGGUUUGAAAACAACUGUAGAAUUUCCAUGUGACUCUUUAUCAUUUGUUUGAUAGAACUUCACAUCUUGAUGAUGUUAAUGCCAUUACUUAAGAAGGUUGUUGUCAAACUCCCUUACAAGAAAAUUAGAAUUGUAAAUCUAUGAAUGUGUAUUUUAAAUGUGAUAUGCACAAAGUUUAAAAGUGCAGUUAUAAAAUCGAAAGCUAGGUGUCCUACACCAGUUUAAACAACGGAUCUAUACCUAACUCGCGCAUUUUACGAUACUAUCUCAAAUAUCAUAAUUGAUGGUUUUGAUGUUGUAGUAAUAACAACGCGUUGAACUUGUUAUUCUCAGAGUAUUUUGACAGAAAACAUGCAUCCUCUUCUCCGAAAAGCUCUGUUACGCGUUGUACUCUUCUACGGAUACGGUUUGCUGGUUGCCUGGAUUUUCACACUGAUUGAAAGUCAAGAGGAGACAAGACAACUCAAAAUGAAAAGAAUCUUUCAGGAACUGAGAACGGAAAUUACUCUUAAAUAUAAGGUCAAUAUGUCAGAUAUAGACUUUGAGAGUUUUGUAAGAAAAGCAUCUACAGGGGUGACAGCUGGAGAGGAACUUGACUGGACUUUCCUGAACAGUUGCGCCUACGUUUUUGCAGCUCUUACGACAAUAGGUAAGUUAUACAGUUAGAAUUCGAACUUGACCUUUUUACUAGCCAGCCUCUCAUAUUUGGUAAAGGCUGCCAUAAGGGUAAUUCAGCCUUGGACUCAUUACAGAGAAAACAAAUUGCUAUCAUUACGUAUACCAAAUUAAUCCUGAAACGGUCUUUGUGGCAACCUCAUAUCAUGCAUUCUUUUUAAUUAUUAUAUUCCCCUAAAUUUCCAAAAUAAACAAGGGCUGUCAAGGUGUUGAACAUUUACUUUCAAACUUUUUUGGGAGUUUCACAAUAUAAUUGCACACAUUCUUUAGCCAUAGAGUACUUGGUUAAGAAUCUACUCAGCCUGAUUUCUUAAAAGUUGUAGAGAAGACCAUUUAAGGCUGUCGUAUAAAAUCAUGGUUUUUCUACAUUACGCGGUUCGCCCUUUCUUUAAAGGUAUUCCUUGUCUAUUCAAUGUUGGCAUGAUAUUUAUUAUUCCAUUUGUUAGGUUACGGACAUAUCACGCCUAAGACAUCCCUUGGGCAAGGAGUAACCAUCAUCACCUGCCUGCUUGGUAUUCCUAUCGCUAUGUUGGCAUUUAAAACAUUGGGAGAGCUGUGCGCAACGUUCUUUACGUUUCUUGUAAUCAAGACAGAGACCAUUGCACUCAGAAGGACUGAACUAAAACACUUGAAAAAGAAAACGUUUUUUGUGGCAUGCUUACUUUUGAUUGUUUUGAUAACACUGGCUAGCGUUUCAACAAUUUUUCUCGAACAUUGGACCUUCAUGGAAGGCUUGUACGCGUGGUUUACAACAUUCACCACGAUUGGUUUCGGAGACUACGUGCUGUUUAGAUCGUAUUCCAUAAAGUUAGCUCAGGGAGAUAUCUCCACAACGAGUUUAUUGCUUAAAGGCCUAACCUUUGCUGUACCAUAUAUCGUUGGUCUCAGCCUCAUGUCAUGUAUUUUGACCUGUCUUGUGGACUCUGUGGAUCAAAUUCGCCAUUUUCGUGAUCGUUGCUGGAGUUGCUGUCCAAGUUUGAUUUUCCAUGUAAAACGCGUCUUCUGUUAUGUUUCGCAAGGUGAUAUAUCUGAAGGACGAAAUCAUGAAGAAAAUGAAUCAUGCCAUGUGUAA